AACAUGUCUAAUUUUAACAACAAUAUCGCAACCAAGUUUCCGGAUCUUAAACCCCGAGCACCUAGUGGAGAGGCUCUUUUGGAAACUGAAAGAGCCAAGACUAGCUUCGAUGUCAAGGCUUUAUCCAAGUUUAUGUACACGGAAGAAUGGCUUGAUAGAAUGUACAAAAUAUUAAACAUUAUCGAGAAUGAUCCUGCCUUUGAUAAGACCAAGCGUUACUAUGAAAGCCGAUCCGAAAAGAUAAAAUCCAGUCUGUGGAAAGAUAGACGUAUGACAGAACUUGCUAGAGAGCAUAACUGGGAUGAUCAAGACCUUCAGAUUGUAAAUUUCCUUUUUGAUCAAUCCACACCCUUUUCAUUGCAUUACGGCAUGUUUAUUCCUACAUUGAGAACACAGACAACAGAAGAACAAAAAAAACUCUUCCUUGAACCAGCAUUAAGGAACGAGAUUAUUGGUUGCUAUGCUCAAACGGAGCUCGGACACGGGUCCAACGUCCAAGGUAUUGAAACAACAGCAACAUAUAUCCCCGAAACAAACGAGUUCGAACUCCAUUCUCCUACCUUGACUGCAUCCAAGUGGUGGAUCGGCGGCCUCGGCAAGGCUGCAAACCAUGCUAUUGUCAUGGCACGUUUGAUCACUGAUGGAAAGGAUUAUGGACCACAUCCAUUCUGUGUACAAAUUCGUAGCAUGAAAGACCAUACUCCUCUCAAAGGUGUCACAGUAGGUGAUAUUGGUCCCAAAUUUGGAUUCAAUUCUGUCGAUAAUGGGUUCAUCAUGUUUGAUCAUUACCGUAUACCCCAUAUUUCCUUUUUAGCCAAGUAUUCUCAGGUACAACCAGGAACAGGCGUUUACAACAAGCCCCCUAAUGCCAAACUUUCUUAUGGCACCAUGGUCUAUGUUAGAGCCAAUAUUGUCAUGGGUGUACGAUAUGCUCUUGCCAAGGCAACAACGAUCGCCAUUCGAUAUUCAACCAUCCGACAGCAAUUCGUUGACUCUGUUUCUCCUAAAAAAUGGAACAACAAAGUGGUAGAGACACCCGUAUUAGAUUAUACCAUGCAACAAUACCGUCUUUUGCCUAUAGUUGCUGCUGCAUAUGCAUGUUUCUUUACAGGCAGAGAAAUGUUGCGCUUGUACGAUCUUAAUCAGGAAGCCAUGCAAAAGGGUAACUUCAACCUCUUGGCUGAUCUUCACGCCAGUUCGUCUGGAUUGAAAAGCUUGACGACCACAAUGGCCGUUGAGUCAAUUGAAGAUUGUAGACGUGCCUGUGGCGGUCAUGGUUAUAGUAUGUUCUCUGGGCUGGGUCAAUUCUAUCAAGAUUAUCUUCCCAACGUCACUUGGGAAGGUGAUAAUUACAUAUUGACUCAGCAAACAGCACGUUACCUGUUAAAGACAUUCCGUAAUGUUGUUGCUGGAAAGGCUGAGCCAUCCGAACACAACCAUACGAUCAACUAUUUGACACAGUACCUUCAGAACCCCAACGCCAAGUGCCCUGCUUCAAAGCCAAGUGAUUUCUUAAACCCAGAGUUAAUUCUUUCCGCAUUUGGCUACCGAGCUGCUUAUGGUAUUGCCAAAGUGGCCGAAAAGAUUGACCGUGAAGGCCGUAGCUGGAACUCGAUGUUGGUUGAAAUUAAUCGUAUCUCUAGAGCUCACUGUCAAUAUAUCCUCGUUCGUAACUUCAUCGUCACUCUUCAAAAUGAUGUCACUCUCACUCAACCUGAAUACAAGCCUAUCAACAACGUCUUGAAGACGCUGGCUGCCCUCUUUUCUCUAAAUACAAUGGAAAAGGAACUCUCAGAGUUCUUGCUCUCGGGCUAUUUAUCAUCUGAGCAGUGCUCUAUGUUGAAGGAGCAAGUCAUUUCACUCCUCAAUGCGGUUCGACCUGAUGCAGUUGGCCUUGUCGAUGCGUUUGCAUUACCUGAUUAUUACCUCCACUCUGCUCUUGGCCGCUACGAUGGUCGUGUAUACGAGACGAUGACAAAGAUGGCCGAACUAGAACCUUUAAAUCAAACACUCGUGGUCGAUGGAUAUGAGGAGAACAUCAAGCCUUUUGUUCAUCAAAGAAAGACUGUCAACAAGGACACAGCUACUUCUAGACUGUAGAAAACCUUUAUAGAUAUAUUUUUAAUUUAUUCCAAUAAAACUGAGCUGCUUGAAGUAGUCUUUAUUCGUGACACGUUGAGGCAACUAUAGUCC